CUGCUAUUCCCAGUGCGAGCGCACGUGCUUUGGUUAUAAUUGUUAUCGUGAAAUUUAAUUUACGCGGAAUUUUACAUUGUGAAAUAUGACUGAUUCGUUACUGCAAAGACUGGCUAAAGAAUUGGAAGUUGACGAACAUUUGGAUAUAUCUACUGAGGUGGCAAAUGCCCCGAGUAAUCUCGGAAGUCCUCAAAAAACAAGUACUCCGAUAAAGGAACAGCAAUCUGUUCCGGAGUCAUUAAGCGAUUCGAUAAAGUUUCUGAUCGAAUCACAACAAAGACAGUUUCAAGAAUUUCAGUCUUUGGUGAUUGAGGAAAUCAAAUCCACAAAUGCGCGGAUUGACACUUUUUGUGAGGAGCCCGCUACCAAGAAAAGAAAAUCAUCUAACGAUGAUAUAGAGAUAGAUAAUCUCUCUGUAGAAGGAAACUCUUCGCAAGAUAGAGAGGAAACUAAGCCAGACGGUAAUAUUUCAAUUUUGUCUAAACUUUCAGACAAAUUCACUUCUUCCGAAAAGACGGGGCCGUGUAUUAAUUCAGAACUAUCUAAAAUUCUGAAAUCUAUUGUUCGCGAUCGGCAAACAAAAAAGGAUGAUGAAAAAAGAAGAACUGAUCUAUUGGAGAAGAAUCCUCGGCCCGAAAAUUGUGAUUACCUCUCUACUCCGAGGGUUAAUCCCGAAAUUUGGAGAAAGAUUUCAACGACUACGAGAUCAAAGGAUAUUGAAUUUCAGAAAACACAAUCCUCUCUUCUCCGGGCUUUUGGACCUGUUGCGUAUGUUCUGGAAAAACUGGUUGAAAAGGAUCCAAAAGGCGAAAAUGAGGAAAUUUCACCGCUAAUCGAAAGUCUAAUGGAUACCGUGGUUCUCCUUUCUAUGGCUAAUGAUGACAUGAAUGAAUAUCGAAGGAACAACAUCAAGCCUGAUCUGCACACGGAUUAUAGAUCCUUGUGUUCUAACCAGGUUCCGGUGACGGAAAUGCUUUUUGGAGAUAACAUUGCCGAUCAACUAAAAUUGAUUCAGGAAGCCAACAAAGUUGGAAAGAAAGUUGACAAAUAUCAAUCGUCAACAAAGCCUUUUUUAGGAUCAAGGCCUUCUUGGACAAAUGGAUCCAAGAAGGGAAAGACGGGGUGGGGAAAACAAACCCGAGACAACACCCAGUCAUCCGUAUGGAACAAGGGCAGCAGUGUGCGGACCCCUUACAAAGCAAAGAAGUUCUAGACUCGCAGGUCAGUGCACACAUUGCUGGUCGUAUAUCAAAGUAUAUAAAAUACUGGCAAGAAUUGACAUCAGAUACUUAUAUUCUUGAUAUUGUUAGAGGAUAUAAAAUUGAAUUUAGUGAAAUUCCAUAUCAGACAAGGGCUAGACCCACAGUUGCUUGUAAGCGUGAUUCAGAAAUAAUUGAAGAUCUCAUUCUUUCCUUCGAGAAGAAGGGCAUUAUUCGCAAAGCUAACCAUUGUGAUGAUCAAUUUAUAUCUACGGUUUUCACGGUACCAAAAUCCGACGGAUCCUUUAGACUUAUUUUAAAUCUUAAAGAUCUCAAUGAAUUUGUUGUGUACAAACAUUUCAAAAUGGAACAUUUUCAGUCUGUUUUAAAUAUUAUGACUCAGAAUUGUUACAUGGCUAAGAUCGAUUUGAAAGACGCAUACUACACGGUUAAUGUGCACCACGAGUUUAGAAAAUUUAUGAGAUUUAUUUGGAAGGGCAAUGUUAUGGAAUACACAUGUCUGGCAAUGGGACUAAGUUCGGCACCAAGAGUUUUUACAAAAUUGUUAAAGCCAGUAUUUGCUUCGUUAAGAUCAAAAGGAUUUAUCUCUGUAGUUUACAUUGACGAUGUGUAUUUACAGGGUGCAACGUUUAAAGAAUGUGCAGACAAUGUGUUCUACACAUGUGAUCUUUUGAAAAAAUUGGGAUUUAUCAUACAUGAAGAGAAGUCUAUUUUUAAACCUACGCAGUCAUUUGCAUUUUUAGGAUUUGAAAUUAAUUCUGUUGAAAUGACAAUAAGUCUGACUGAUAAGAAGAUAGCUACCUUGCGACAAAAGAUUAAGUUUAUUCAACAAAAUUCGUACACAAUUCGCAAUAUUUCAGAACUCUUGGGAUUAUUAACUGCUUAUUCAGUGGCAAUUCCUUACGGAAUGUUGUUUUCUAAGACGAUUGAAAUUGAGAAGAUUGAAGCAUUGUCAAAGAGUUUUGGAAAUUUUGAUUCUCCUAUGAAAUUAUCAGAGAGGGCUUAUUAUGAUAUGAUGUGGUUUUAUGACACUGCGUUGAACACUUGUGCUCCGAUAAGACGUAUUAAUCCUCAAAUUGAGUUAUUCACGGAUGCAUCGUUAUCCGGAUGGGGCGCAGUAUUACGUGAUUCUAAAACUGGGGGUAAUUGGACAGAAUCAGAGGUUGCUUAUGCCCCGAAUAUUAAUUAUUUAGAAUUGUAUGCAGUCUUUUUAGGACUGAAGAGUUUUUUAUCAAUUCUUUGUGGAAAACAUAUAAAGAUUCAUAUUGACAAUUCAACUGCUGUUGCUUGUAUCAAUCAUUUCGGGUCAACAAGAUCUUCAAAAUGUAAUGAUAUUACAAGAAAGAUUUGGCUAUUAGCUAAAGCUAACGACAUAUGGAUUUCAGCGGCUUAUUUGCCGGGUAAAGAUAACAUUGAGGCAGAUUUUGAGAGUCGGAAAAUUAGAGACGACACAGAAUGGAUGUUGAAUUCAAAUAUAUUUGAUGCAUUGUG